ACUAUUGCGGGCUUGGUGCAGCAUCAAAUCAUGAUAACUCAGCAGAUCGGGUUCGUCAUCGCGCAGCACCAUUCGACUUCGCCCAAAGUGAGAAAAGAGUGGGAACGAUUUGUGAACUUCAUGGCAGAUGCGACUUGUGAGCGUACAGCGUCGAGUCCUUCACAAUGGAAAAUUUAUUGCGGGAAUCAAACCUUUCGCUGUCACGAUGUGGACGAGGGGCAUGGCUUCAAACUGCUUCCAGCUAUGGCAAUUCAUGAUCGGUGGAGUACGUACCAGACCUUGGAAGUGAAAAACGAAUUGACGGCUGCAGCGAAAAUGUUACAGCCAAUUGUGCAGAUGUCC